GGGGGGGAGCAGCUGCCGUGGCGGGGAGGCGGGGGCGGCUGGAGCCCACAGAGAAGCCCCUGCAGAUCGUGUAUGAGUACCUGGCCAGCCUCGGGUUCGAAGAUCCCUUGAGGAUACAGGAGGAGGCAGCAAACGCAGACCUCAGCUGUAUGAUCCGUUUUUACAAUGAAAAGCCAUGUCAGGUGGAGCAGCUGGACCGGAUCCUGCUCUCAGGCAUCUACAGUGUGCGCAAGGGAAGGACCCAGCUGCACAAGUGGGCAGAGCGCCUGGUCAUCCUCUGUGGCACCUGCCUCAUCGUGUCCUCCGUGAAAGACAGCCACACGGGGAAGAUGCACGUUCUGCCGCUUGUGGGAGGGAAGGUGGAGGAGGUGAAGCGCCGGCAGCACUCGCUUGCCUUCAGCUCCAUGGGGGCACAAGCGCAAACAUUCCACGUCUGCUUCAACACGCCAGCAGAGUGCCAGCGCUGGCUCCGGCAGGCUUCUGCGGUUGUGUCUCAGCGCCUGAGCACUGUGGACCUCUCAUGUUACAGCCUGGAGGAGGUCCCUGAGCAUCUCUUCUACAGCCAAGACAUCACCUACCUCAACUUGCGACACAACUUCAUGCGCCCGAGUGGCUCGGGGGGGCUGGACUCACUCUGCAGGUUUUCUCAACUGAGGGGCCUGAACCUGUCUCAGAACCGGCUGAGGGAGUUUCCCACAUCGCUGUGCGAGAUCCCCACGCUGAUGGAGCUCAACCUGUCCUGCAAUGGGCUCCAUGACCUGCCCAGCCAGGUCGGCAAGCUGCUGAAUCUUCAGACCUUUGCUCUCGAUGGGAAUUGCCUCACGACCCUGCCAGAUGAGCUUGGAUGCCUGCAGCAGCUCAGCACCCUGGGGCUCUCCUUCAAUGACUUCCACGAUAUGCCAGCCAUCUGUGAGAAACUCCUCUCCUUGGACAAGCUGGCCAUGGCGGGGAACCAGCUGGAGACCCUGGACUUGGGUGCGCUGAACAGAAUGAGCCACAUCAAACAUGUGGAUCUGAGACUGAACCAGCUGAAGGGGGCAUCUGCUGACAGCCUGGAGGGGAACAAGUCUGUGACCCACUUGGAUGUGCGGGACAACCAGCUGGCAGAGCUGGACCUGAGCACCCUGGGCAGCUUGGAGCAGCUGCACUGCGAGCGGAACCGUCUUCAGGAGCUGACGCUGAGCGGCUUCUCCCUGCGGGCCCUCUACGCCAGCCACAACCGUCUGACCACAGUCAGUGUUUACCCGGUGCCAGGCCAGCUGACCUGCCUCGAGCUCUCCCGGAACCAGUUGCAGUGUGUCCCUGACUGGGCCUGUGAAGCAAAGAAACUGGAGGUGUUGGACCUGAGCUUCAAUCUCCUCACAGAGCUGCCGUCGAGGCUCCUGAGCAGCCUGAGCCUGAGGAAGCUGAUGGCCGGGCACAACCAGCUGCAGAGCCUGCCACCGCUGCUGGAACAUGUUCCCCUGGAGGUGCUGGACCUCCAGCACAACCUGCUGACCAGGCUCCCUGACAGGCUCUUCUCCAAGGCACUGAAUCUCAGGUACCUGAACGUGUCGGCCAACAGCCUGGAGUCCCUGCCCUCGGCCAGCACGGGCGAGGAGAGCCUGAGCCUGCUGCAGCUGCUGUACCUGACUAACAACUGCCUCACAGAUCAGUGCAUCCCUGUCCUGGUGGGGCACCCGAACCUGCGGAUCCUGCAUCUGGCCUACAACCAACUGCACACCUUCCCUGCCAGCAAACUGAGCAAGCUGGAGCAGCUGGAAGAGCUGAACCUGAGUGGCAACAAACUAAAGACGAUUCCUACAACGAUUGCAAACUGCAAGCGUCUGCACACACUCCUCGCCCACUCAAACGAGAUCAGCAUUUUCCCAGAGAUCCUGCAGCUGCCCCUCAUUCAGUUUGUGGACUUGAGCUGUAACGAGCUGACAGAGAUCCUGAUCCCAGAGGUGCUGCCGGCUGCCUUGCAGGAGCUGGACCUGACUGGGAACACAAACCUGGUGCUGGAGCACAAGACCUUGGACAUCUUCAGCCACAUCGCCACCCUGAAGAUCGACACCAAGCCCGGGCUCACAGCUGAUGCUGCGCUCACCUCCCCCUUCUGGAGCCACGGGCUGGCUGAGAUGGCCGGGCAACGGAACAAGCUGUGUGUGGCGUCCCUAGCGCUGGGGAGCUUUGCCGAAGGCACAGAGGCCGUAUAUGGCAUGUUCGAUGGCGACCGCAAUGAGGAGCUACCGCGCCUGCUGCAGUGCACCAUGGCAGACGUGCUGCUGGAGGAGCUGCAGCAGUCCAACACGGACACGGUCUUCAUGACCAGCACCUUCCUGGUCUCCCACAGGAAGCUGGGGAUGGCCGGCCAGAAGCUGGGCUCCUCCGCCGUCCUGUGCUAUAUCCGGCACGACACCGCCGAACCAGGCAGCAGCUUCACACUAACACUGGCCAACGUGGGGACGUGCCAGGCCGUCCUGUGCCGUGGUGGGAAGCCACUACUACUCUCCAAAGUCUUCAGCCUGGAGCAAUGCCCCGAGGAGACCCGGAGGGUGCAGGAGCAGAAAGCCAUCAUCACUGAGGACAACAAGGUGAAUGGUGUGACCUGCUGCACCCGCCUGCUGGGCUGCACCUACCUGCACCCCUGGAUCCUGCCCUGGCCUCACGUGUUCUCUGUGCCACUGAGCGUGCAGGACGAGCUGCUGCUGCUGGGGAACAGGGCGCUCUGGGAGCAUCUCUCCCCCACGGAGGCUGUGGGCGCUGUGCGCCACCUGCAUGACCCACUGGCUGCUGCCAAGAAGCUCUGCACUUUAGCCCAAAGCUACGGCUGCCAGGACAAUGUGGGCGCAGUUGUGGUGUGCUUGAACAUCGGUGAGGACAACUGCACCUGUGAGGGGCAGGGUCUUGCUCUGCCAGGCCCGGGCGGCUUCCUGCCCCUGGCCAAGCCAGCCACACCCUCCUCCAGCAGUGGCAUCGCCUCCGAGUUCAGCAGCGAGCUGUCAGCCUCUGAGGUCAGCAGUGAGGUGGGCUCCACAGCCUCCGAUGAACACAGCACAGCUGGCCUGGACGCCAGCCUCCUGCCUCGGCCCGAACGGCACUGCAGCCUGCACCCUCCGCCUCCACCCCCACCCAGCAUUUUCCAGCGCCAGCCGUCCUGUGCCACCUUCUCCAGCAACCAGUCUGACAACGGGCUAGACAGUGAUGAUGAGCAGCCGGUGGAGGGCGUCAUGACUAACCAGGCCCCCCCCCUGCCACAGGCCGAGGACAGGGGCCCUGAGGAUGAUGCCAGCGGCCUCGUUCUCCAUAUCUGGAGGCAAAACAGUGCCGGCAGCAGCCUCCUGCCUGCCGUGGCCCGGGAGAGGGGGGGCGAGCUGCAGAAGUCACCCUCCACGUGCUGCCUCUAUGGGAAGAAGCUGUCCAAUGGCUCCAUCGUGCCCCUGGAGGAGAGCCUCAACCUCAUUGAGGUUGCUAUGGAGGCGCCCAAGAAGAAGACGGGCUAUUUUGCUGCCCCCACCCAAUUGGAGCCUGAGGACCAGCUGGCGGUGCCACCGCAUCUGGAAGAGGAGGUGAAGGAGCAGAUGAAGCAGCACCGGGAGAGCGGGGCAGAGCCGGCAGCCAGCGAGAAGGCUGUGGCUGCCCCAGCACCCCCAGAGGAGUUCGACACGGCUCUGUGACCCUGCAGGGUGGCUCACAUCUGUCCCAGCAGCACUGGAGCCAGGGUCUGUAGGGAGAGUACGGGCAUCAGCUCCCUCCCUGCUGGAGCCAACAGCAGGCCUGGAGCUGUGCUCCCCGGGCUACCUGCUCCAAUGGUGGAGUCCCAGCCACUGCAAGAGCCCAUGGUCCUCAGCCAGCUGGUGUGGGCAAGGCUGGUGGCUCUGUGCACUGGUGCCCCUUCUGUUAGUCUUGUCCCUCUCAGGCUCGUCAGCUCUCCCAGGUGACGGGCAGGCAAAUGGGGUGAGGGGGCCACAGCGGUGCUUGCGGAGCCCCGCAAAGCGCACCUGCCCCAGCUGGCAGGAGGGGUCUGUCCCAGCGGAGCUCGGCAAGGCCUGGCUGGGGGCCGACUCCCACACACAUUGCAAGCACUUUCAUGGACUGCACUCGAGCCAGCCUGCUCCCACCUGCCCAGCACUUUACUCCUAGGGCAGGGGGAGGGGCGCCGCAGUAUGCGGGAUCGCCCGCGGGUAUUGUUUGGCACUGCGGGACAGGGCCUCCGUGCCCCGGGCAGGCACAGCCAUGGGCACUAGGGCGCCUUGAUAGGGGGUCAGCCAGGGCAGGGAGGGAACGGGGGAGCUCCUUCCCCUUGGGAUGGGUGUGGGUGGGGAAACGGUGCAGCUCUUGGGCCCAGGAGAGGUUGGGGAGGGGUUUGGCUAUCUCCAGGAGAGGCACAACUGUGGGCAGCACACGGGGCUGGGGGUAUGAGGACGGGGCACUGAGCACUCCAGCAGGAGGAACCCCUUGUGGGCCCAGAGCCUGCGCUUUCCCACGUGGGGGCCUUGACCAGGAGGCACCAAGGCUGAGGGCAUCGCCUCCAUCCCUGGCAGCAGCGAGGUCAGGGCUGCCCAUGGCCUGGAGGGAGCUGCAAGAUGCAAGCGUCUGCUGACUCCAGCUCCAGGUCCAGCACAUGUCCAUGCUGGGAAAUCACUAGCGGCAAAUGCAGGUGGCUCUGGGCUAGGGGAUGCUGACCUGCCGCAUGGCAUCUCCUAGCGCUGCUCCUGCAGCCGAACCAGAAACAGCUGCCAGGCUGCACCCCGGGUGGAUCUGCCCCUGCCUCAGCACCUGCGGUCAGUGCUCUGGGCUGGGGGAGCUCUGAGGGGCAAGACAGCCCUGGAGCCUCAUCACACCCCUCCUGGGCAGUAGGGCCCCCAGAAUUUAUGUUUUGGAGAAAGUCUGAGAAACUUUUCCAAAGCAUUUCUAGAGGUUUGGGGUGAGGUUUCCAUGUCAAACCCAGGUCCAGUCUGAGCUGGGAUACUCUAGGGAGCAUGAGCAUGGUUUGUCUGUCAGAGCAGGGUGGUGGAGGAGGAGGUUGUUCACAGUAAAAAUCGCUCUAGCCCAGUCUUCCCUGGGAAACACGGUCCUUCUGCCGUGCAUGUGGGCAGGUGCGACAACUACCACCGGGUCCAGCCAGGACUUUACUGUGUGGUUGCUGCCACGCGUUAGCAAAUGUUGUGGAAAACAAGAGGAAAGAAAUGUUCCUAGCAUGGAUUUGGCUCUGAGCUUCAUGGUUUCUUGUAACGUUUCAUUUAACCUUGGAAAUUGGAAGGAAAACUUGCUAUUUGGAUUUAGAGAAUGAGACGAGUGCCUGAAUGGGGCAGGGCAAAACACCAUGGGAAGGGCAGAGAGUUCCUGUCUCAUUUAUCUAGGAGUCCUCAGCAAAAAUGGGGAAGAUCAAAAAGUUCAUUGUAAAACUCCAGGCCCUUUCCAGCCCCUCCUGACAGUAGCAGAGGUGGCUGUGCCUGAUGUAAGGGCUGUGGUGGGUCCUUGCCUCCCCUGAGCAGCCAGCAGUCGCCAGGCCCUAGCAUAGGGCAACUUGACCUACACAGUCCUGGAUUUAGGUGCUGGUGGGACGAGCUGCCCCUCUGCCCACGUAAGAAUGGAGCAGGCUCUGGGCACUUGCCCAUGCGGGAUGUCUGGGGUCUAUGCUGGGCCUUAGUCUGGGGUGAAAGAUCCUGCAUGUGCCUGACCACAAAUUAGUCUGAGCCAGGAACGCCGCAGGGAGCAGAGGCAGUGCCCGAGCAGCUCCGCUCAGGAGCAGGCAGACCCAGGGCAGCAGCUCCCAGUGCUGGGCUGGCGCUCGGGGCCAGGCCCGCGGUGCAGUGAUUCCCACCUGGGGCUGUCCCUGCUGUCCUGGCACAGUGCAGUGGUGGCUGCCAGACACCCCCAGCCAGGGCAGCAGCCCCAGGUUCACCCAAUGGAGCAGUGGCAAUACAGGCAGCUGCCCUGGUCCAGAGCUGGCCAGCUGCACCUCUGCCCCCCCCUUCCUGGUACCCUGCUACAAACAGCCCGGUUCUGCGCGGCAUUGCCUGGGCUGCUCCUGUCCUGCCCUGCAGGGCAGCAGGUUCUUGGUCUUACCCCCUGGCUGCUUCCUCUCAGCUCCCUAGCCCUGGGCCGGGCCAGCUGUGAGGAAGUCGUCUCCUUCCCCCACCCACCUGGACUGGCUUUGGGCCACUGCAUGGGCUGUGCACUGAGGUGAGAGGAGACAUAGGGCAGAGGAGGGGGCAUGGGCACUGCCUCCCCUGCUGCCAGCGAGCUGGUCAGGGCCAAGGCUGGCUGUGCUGGUGUGCUGGAAGGAGCAGGCCGUCCCUGGGAAAAGACGCCCAUGCGGCCGUGGGCUGCUGGUGCCGAUCGGCCCCCUUGGGACAUGCACUUCCACGGCGGUGGGUCCCGUGAAGGCGCUGCCUUCCCUGCUGCCCUGCGCCACCCUGCAGGGCACAGCAGAAGGCACCGGCAAGAGCGAGCCAAGCCAACAGUAUUGGGGGGCAGCCCCUGGCGCCCCCUGACACUCCUGAGCCGGGAGGGGGCAUCCUCCUUCCUGGAAGUGAGGAACUUCAGGAACCCCCUGCCCGGGAAGCAGCUGCCGCAGGCCUCUGCCCGGCCCCAUCGAGGUGGGGUGCAGGGGGGGAGCUCUGCUUGUCCUGGACACGGCUUCUGCGUCACUUGCCAAAGGGCCGCCGGGGGCAGCGGCUCACGCCGUGGGCUCUGCGCAGGCCUUCGUGGCCCUGUUGCAGGCUGAAGCCUCAUCCUGUGUUUUUGAUAUUUUUUAAAUGUGUUCCCUUUUCUACCGUGUCACGUGAGCCAGAGCAUGGUAAAGACCCACUGCAGCAGCUCGUGUUCGUGCAAUAGCCUCUCCCCUGCCGUCAAUGUGGGAGACGAUGUUCCCACACUCGCUCUCGCAUGCUGCUCUCCUGAUGCCCUGUCCGUCGUGUGAAGCUGCCCGUCGUGAUGAACGCACCUUCACCCCAGCUGGUGCCUGCUGCUGUGCAGAGGCAGACGCCCUGGCUGCUGGGGUCAAACACUACUGCGUUGCCCCUUUACUAAGAUGUACAGAACCGUUCAGGCAGGAAGAAUAUUUUUGAUCAACUUUUCAGCUGACUUAGCAAUAAAGAUUUUUACUUUCAUCUAA